CUGUCUGCCACUCUGGCAACAAGAAGCCUAGGAGGAGAAUGGAAUCGACCUAUGAGUCAAGUCAAAAAAUCGGUCAAGUUUCAAUUUGAUUCUCGAGUUAGCCACCAGGUGGCCAAAACCAAAAACACAUAAAGUGUCAGAACUCGCUUAAUAUUUGUCUCAUCUUUACCAGAGUUUUAGGGUGUACUAACCUAACAAAGGUGCACGAUAUAUCGCCAGAGUUUUUAGUUUGAGUCAUUUUUCUGGAUCAUAGGGGGGUGCUUUCUGAAAAUCAUGAAAAUUCCCUUCAGCUCUGUAACUUCUGAACGACAUUUUUGGCUUUAAAUUUAGUGUCUUGAUAGAGGGUGGCCCAAAAGUGUGUCGUGUCAAAAUAUAAUAUUGGUCAAGUUUGAUUCUCGAGUUGGCCACUAGGGGGCCUAAACCAAAAACACAUAAAGUGUUAGAACUGACUUAAUAUUCAUCCAAUUUUUUCCGAAUUCCAUCACUCGAGUUUUAAAUUUCACCUGGAGCGCUUUGUAAAAAUCAUGAAAAUUGCCUUCUGGUCUAUGAUUUCAAGAACAAGAGAUUCUGGUAUUGGUAACACAUUUUUGAUAGUGAGUGUCAGUGAGUACCCAUGCCCAUGGCGACAGGGACAUUUACGCUAUGCUUGUUUUUCUUUCUUAUUAUUUCAGAUUCAAUGUCAAUCGUAACUGUGACCAAAAUUCCACAAAGUAUUUCCACUAACUGAAGUGAAUCGUCCAUCAAUGUGAAAAGGACUUUUCACACUAUAUUGAGCAACUGGGAGUGGGAUUGAAACUCCAACAAAACGAAAAAGUCCAUUGGACUUAAAACAGUCCUCAGGACUUAAAACAGUCCUCAGGACUUAAAACAGUCCUCAGGACUUAAAACAGUCCUCAGGACUUAAAAUCCUUACUUGUGGAGUCUUCAGACUCUAUCAACAAUAGUCUACUGGACUUUAAACGCUAUAUCUUUGCCAGUUGAGUCUUUUGACUUGAGCAAGAAUAUCAAAGACAAACAAAACAAAAUAAAAACAAAUAAUUCCUUUAAAUUUCACUUAUUUCUGUCUAUACAUUGCUAAAAAUGGGAAUAUCACUGCAGCAAUAUAGGAUGUCCAUUGGAUUACACUGCCUUAGAAUACUAGGCAAAGAAUUACAGAAAGGCAAAGUGUCAUUCAACAUGAUAUUAUUUUCCAAUAUUUAUAAAAAUCUAUACGAUAUGGUAUUUUACCAGAUUCGACUGAAAAAAACUUCUACCUGUGUAAAAUUUAUGACUGUUCUGACUUGGCAUAUUUAUAAUCAAGUCUAUUCCAAAUUGCUAUUACAGCUGUCUAAUGAUGUUGAGACCAAUCCCGGGCCAAAUGAGUGUCAAUUAUUACUUCAGGGUCAAUAUCAUCAAGGGUCCUCCAUAUUUCCAGAUUUUUCUCGUGGAAGACAGUGUAUACCAAAUGCCAUGACAGCUAUUCUGUAUCAACAUAUUAAAUCAGUAAAUCAGUGGAUAAUGGAUGAUAUCCAUAAUAUUUUAUACAUUGGUGAUGAAUUGUACCGUCAUGUUCGAAUGACCAAUCCACAUGAUCUGCUGCGUCCAGAUGAUCUGCCUAAAGUUAUCUUAUUAAAACAAAAAUAUACAUCUAUCAAAUAUAGUACUUCAUUUAUAGGCAGUAUGAAUGGAAAUGACAAUGGUGUGGAAUACAGCUUGGAGACAGCUCUCAACCUGGCCUUGGAGUCUGGUGACAAUAAUGCCUCUUGUAUUAUUUGUAUAAAAGAUUCCAGUAUAGCCAUAAUAAAAAGUUCUCAUGAUGACUUCUACUUGUUUGAUUCUCAUGCAAGAAACACUUCAGGUCUAUUAGAUUCAAAUGGAAAAUGUGUUUUGCUACUGUUCCGUUCAUUUAAUUCAUUAUGUGCACAACUCAGAAAGAUAUCAUCUUCUGUUACCAAUGAUGUGCAUGCACCAUUUGAACUUACUCCCAUCAAACGAAUAGAAUAUUGUCAAAAACCUCGUAUAAAAGCUUCCGUUUCACAGCCUAUAUUUAACAUUCCAGAUGUUUCGUCAUGCCCAUUAAUUUCAUCCUUUCAGAAUACAAUUGCAAAUGGUAAACCACCUGUACUAAAAGAUACUUCAGCAUCUAUUAGAAUGAAAUCAAUCAUAAACAAGCAUGAAAAUGACAAAUUGAGCUUGUUCAAAGAUUCCCCAAGCAGUAGUCUAAUAUUUAAAAGAACGUCUUUUGAGAUGUUCACAUUCCAUGCCAUUGAUCUGAUAUGGCAAUGGCAAAAACAGUAUCUUUUUACAUCAAGGCCUCCAUUAAUACAAACAUGGUAUUGUGAAGAAACUCAUACUCAUCUUCAACAAUGCAGACCAAGAACUGUCCAACCAAUAGAACCAGAUGGUAACUGCUUUUUCCGUUGUGUAUCAUAUGCAGUUUUUGGAUCUGAGCAACAUCAUCUUUUGAUCAGAGAAAAAGUAGUUCAUCACAUCAAACUCCAAAAUCAUCUUUUUACUGCUCUUUUGCCUUUGUCAUGUUCAACAAUUGAUCAUUAUAUUCAAAACACCCUGAUGGAAUUAUCAGGCACAUGGGCAACUAGUCUAGAAAUUACUGGAACAGCACAUUUUCUAAAAACAGAUAUCUAUACUUAUAAACAAAAUGAUUAUGAUGCUGAAUGGAAAUGGCAUCGAUAUACUCCCACAAUUGUUGAUUCUAGUGUGAUAGUUGGACAAAAAUCGCUAUAUAUUAGAAAUAAACAGAAUCAUUAUGAAUUCGUCACAUCAGUUGAAUCUAUCCAUACAUACUCUGUUGCAGCAGAAGAAAUAUUACCGAAUAGUGCGGUGCUUACUUGCCCUCAUAUGACCCCUACAACUUCAGCAAAAAUUAUUGAGGGAAAAACUAUUUCUAAUAAUUAUAACAAUAAUACUACCACUACCAGAAAUAUUAUAAAAACCACAGCAAUUACAAAUAACAUAGACAAUUAUUUUCAUGACCAAGCAAAGAAACUGCAGACUUAUAAAGACAAUAAUUAUAUACCAGAAGUCACAAUAUUGCCAGCUAUGAAGUCACAAGUGAUAACAAAGGCUGAUUGUCAGCAAAGCAACAAAAUACAAUCUCGAGGUAUGAAGAGGAAAAUCAGUGAUGAUGAUAGAUGUUGUAAACAAAAGUGUACGUGUACUCUUAAUAAAAAUGUACCUAAUCAAAGCAAUCAAAAUAGUAAAAAGGAUUUGCAAAAAUAUGGGCCAAAUUUAGAUGUCUGUAUCGACAAGUUCCACAAAUCUCUCUUGACUGGACCAAUAUAUGUUUGCACUUGCUGUCAUCAGACAUGGUUUUCUCAUUCAGUAAUCAAAAUCACUGCAACAUUCAAAUCAGUUGAUGAUGAUUAUAAAGCUAAAUGCUUCACUCGCAAAUUAUCAGUUGAUUCAUGUGAAUGGUUGUGCAAUACUUGUCAUAACGCCUUGAAACAGAAGAAGAUACCAAAAUUAGCUUUCAUAAAUGGUUUCCAAUUUCCAAGAAAACCUCCAGAGCUACAGUUGCAUCCUCUAGAAGAACGUCUAAUUUCACUUCGAAUUCCUUUCAUGACAAUUUAUCAGUUACCCAGAGGUAAUCAACUACAGCUACAAGGUGCAGUAGUGAAUGUUCCUGUAGACAUAGCGCCAGUUAUCAGAUCCUUACCUCGAACUUUAGACAUGGCUGAGACAAUUCCAAUAUCGUUAAAAAAAAGAUUAGUGUACAAGAAAAAUCAAUAUAAAGAGAAUGUUCGGCCAAUGGCAGUCAUAGCUGCUUUGCAUUAUCUUCUGACCAAAGAACUAUACAAAGAUGCUGAUGUUACCAUUGAUGACCUUUGGAUGCAAGCAAUAAAUAAGAAUUCUUCAGACACUGACAAAAUGGACACAAAUAAUAUUUCCCAUAUAAAUGAUGAUAAUGAUGUUGAUUCUGAUAUAUCAGACACAUUUAGUGAAUUUGAUCCAGAUGAAACAGCCUCUGGAAACCUUGACACAAUGCUAGAUGACCAAAACAUUGAACGUGUUCGUCCUUUAACAUUUGCUCCAGGUGAAGAUCGAAGUCCUCUCAGUCUCUUUCAAGAUGAAGAUGCUGAAUAUUUAUCCUUUCCCACAAUAUUUUGUGGUGAAAGGAUGCCACAUGAUCGAGAAAAGAACUCAAAUAAUCCCAAACUGCACUACAGUGAUGUUUGUAAGUGGCAACUGCGGGCUGAAGAUCGUCGUGUUAGUCAGAAUGUCCCUAAUCUAUUUUUCAAAGCAAAGAAGUUACAAAUCAAGCAAGUCUGUGAUAAAGGUACAUUAGCAAUGAGACGUGUACAGAGGAAAGGAGAACGGUGA